UGCACAUGAGUGUGCAACACUGCACAGCUUCUGUCCCUUGGGCAUGUGUGUGCAACACAGCACAGCUGCUGUCCCUUGCACAUGCUCUGCACCAGAGUACACAUAGCUGCAUAUCGAGCUGUUGGCUUGUAGCCUGCCUAGGAGGGGCAAGCAACAAGUAUGUGCAUUUCCUACGUUCUUCUGCUUCUGAUAGUCUUCCCUGCUUUCCUCCACUACAUGCUUAAAUAGGAAAUACUUUCAUUUUGGCUGUAUUGCUCUGUUCAGAAAGAAAAUGAAAGCAUGUUAAACACACAAGUUUAUGUUUUUCUCUUAUGUUUGUAGGACCAUCUUGGGAUACCCCAAACCUGUGACACAUGUACACGUGUAAUCAUGAACCACUUAAGAGAAAGAUACUGGAAUGCUUUAUUAAGAACAUUCAUUGCAGAAUCCUUUUCCUCAAGUCACUCAUAGCCAAGAUUCACUGUUUUUUAACCACUUCAGCACAAGCGUGCGGCACGACUUCAAGUGGAGGCCAAGUUAACACAUCUACUUAAUUGUUAGGGUGAAUCCUUUAUGCCAAUCAUUCACUGUUCACGCUGUUUGCCGGCACCCGCGGGCUCUCCAGCGCUGUCUGCGCUCCCGCCGCGCCUGCCCAGGGCCCGCCCGCAUCCGCACACCCACAUCCUCCUCCUCCUCCUCCUCCCUCGGAGGGCGGGCGGCAGCUCGCAAGGUGUGUCCCAGGUGCCCGGCUAUAUCAGGCGGCGCGGCGGCGGCGCGGCGGGCCCAUGGCGGCGCCGGCCAUGGCCGAGCCGCGCUCCAAGCGGCCGCGGGUGACGCUGCCCGCCUGCCCCGCGCACCGCCCGCUGCCCGGCAGCCGCGUCCGCCACGGCUUCCCGCCCGCCGUGGAGGAGGCGCUCUGCGGCCUCACCGGCGCCCAGCUGGAGCUGCACUACUGCCUGCAGGCGCUGGGUGAAUAUUUUGAUCAGUCACAUGUGGCUCUACCAAAUAUUUCGAAGUUCUUCCUGCAUCAAGCUCUGGAAGAGAGAAAAGCCGCAGAGGCAUUGAUGAAGUAUCAGCAGGAAAGAGGAGGCCAUUACUGCUCUAAAACCAUCCAGAAACCAAACUGUGAUUAUGCAGUCGGUCUGAUGAAAGCCCUGGAACUAGCAAUGGUACAAUGGAAAACUAUGCUACGAUAUUUUGAAGAGCUUUAUGCCCUGAGUGUUGAAAAUGCAGACCCUCAUAGUGCAAGCACCAUCAAGAAACAAUUUAUUGGGCCCAAAAUCCAGAAGAUCAAGCUGAUGGGAGAUCUGCUGACCAAUGCUCGCAGGCUUGACUGUUCCCAGGAUGGCAGAAAUAGUCUUGGGGAUUACUUUAUGGACCGGCUGCAGAAAGAGUUCAGGACCAGCUUAGAGCCAGAGUCCAGUGAUCACUGCAGCCCCUGCCCGCCUCUCCAGCAGUGCACAGGAGCUGCAGAAGGUCUGAAGCGACCCCAGAGAGAAUGCUCCCAGCACAGAAAUGGCAUAGGGCCAAUAUAUGCAACCAUACACUGCACCACGAUGCUGCCACAGUGUAACGAUGGCACGGGAGCAAAGGUGAAGCAGGGCAGGGAGGGCCUUUAAUGCUCAGGCUGCUGCAGCUACAGGGCACCUCCUCAGGCAGACCUGUCCCGAGGGUGGAGCUGGGACCAAAACUCAGGAGACAUGAUGCUCCAUCCCUCCUCAUGCUAUACACCCCAUCCCCUCAUCCUGCGCUGAGUCACAGCUCAAAAUCUAGCCCGUGCCACUAUUUGCUUUAAAUGAUAGCAAGGUUGCCAGCUAGAUUGUCACAUUUAUCUAUGCAAUUCUUCCUAGAAGCCAACAGUUUUUAAGCUUCUUCUUUCUCGUAAAUGAUUAAUAGGACCAGUUAGAGCAAAUUAUUUUAAGAAGAUAUAUAUAAAUUUUAUUAAAUCAAAUAAAAAAUAAAUCACUGCACCUUUAGUGCAAGGAAACUUUUACAUGGCAGAAAAUCCCAAUAUUUAGUUUUAUAUUACUGAAUAUUUUAUUUUACUAUUUGGUAUUUUAAAUUACUAACAAGUAUAGUAACAUAAUGAACUUUUUAAAAGACUUAUUCAAAAACAAUGGGUUUUUUGUCUUACUUCUAUCAUACUAGCAAUUUAAAUAAGUAGUCUAAUGCAUUUACUGAUCAGCUGUUUCUAGUGGUAUACUUCAGAAUGAAGGAUGCAAACAUUUCCUCAACAGUGGGAAUAAGAAAAUGUGCUGAUUUCUCUAUAGUUAUUGCCUAGUUGGCUUUUCUCAUCCUCAGAAAGAAGAUGAGAGAGAAAUUAGGAAUUCUUCUUAGAUGAGAACUUUAGAGGUUCUAAGGCAUAUUUUGCAAGUGUCACCAAAGAGAGUAGCUCUAGGAUUUUGUCCAGACUUAAAGUAGGGUGAUUGCUUUAAUUAUGAUACAGAGCCCUAUCUCAGCUAGCUCUCUAAAGGAAUUGCUGUGGCACUCCUGCUACUUCUUAUAUUCCCUCUUUGGUCCCAAGUAGGGGCAUGAGAGCCUAGUGAAAAAACAGCACACUUAACUAGAAUUGCAUCAGAAAGAAUGGCUACUCAUUAGUUUUGCUUUUCAGUUAGGGCAGUGUUAGCCAGCUUGGUUCAAGUGCAGAGGUGUCCAAAUUCCUCUUGUUAGUCCCCUGCUAGAGUGCCUCAUUCUGCACCCUGGCUCCCAAGGUCACCUAAGAAGAGCAACUGGCUAGAUCAGCUGCCUGCAGUUAGGAAUUUUUUGUCAUUAUAUACAUCUUUUAUGCAGUUGGGGUUUGAUUCAUUAGAAGACUGCCUCCUGUUUUGCUUGAAAAUAAAUUCAGUUCCAUAUCUGUAUCUCCAGUGUAUUCCUCAAUUCACCACCCAGGCAUGCUGGUAUUCU